AUGUAUUGCACGCCUCGAUUCGAAUGCUCCCAACGCGGCGGCCGGAGGCUCUGCAUCGGCGAGUACAAAUUCAACCGCCACAGCUCCAGUCGGGGCCUGAAGUCUAGAUGGAACUGCAACAGAACCAGCUACGGCUGCAAGGCGACCGUCAUCACCUACGAAGACGUAGUUGUUAAGGUUAUGUACGAUCAUAACCACUACCAGUUCCCUCGAACGUAUGCACACUCAAUUUUGACUCGUGCCGUUACACUUUUAGAGCCGCAGCCGGUGUUCACGAAGUCCCGCUUCGGGAAGCCGGUGAUCCAGAUCGGCGCUUACCGUUUCAACAAAUGCAGCGGCAGGGGAGGGCCCCGAGCACGCUACGUCUGCGUGAAGGCGUGCUACGGGUGCCGUGCGACGAUCAUCACGCUGAAUGACGAAAUAGUUUCGUUUUGCCGAGAGCACAACCAU